AUGGCCGUCCGCAGUCCGCCCCCCCGCGCGUCGUCGUCGUCGGCGGCCGCCGACAUGUCAUGUGGCAUAUCGUGGGAGAGCGCACCUGAGAUCGAGCAUGAGACCACCCAUGACCACACUGGAAUCCCUGAUGAUGGCGACAAAAAGUGGCGGCCACUCCCAGGCCGCGGUGGCUGGCAUCUCUGGGGCAAUGGCGGGUCCGUGUUCGGUGCCGCUCCGGAGGCGACGGCGCCGUUUGCGCAACGCCCGACUUCAAGCCACACCAAAAGCUGGGAACCAACCCGGGGGUUCACGACGACGACCAAGUGCAACUAUGACGACGGGGCAAGAAAGGACUACAGAAAACUCGAAGGCGGCAUGGUAGAACCGCGGCACCACAACACGACGCAUGGUGUCUCGGCGUCACCCGUCACUUGUGUCCCCCCUUUCUCGCUGCCCGCUUGUCCAACCUGGUCGGGCGGCAGACCCUCCCCAUGCCCGCACGAGGAGAGAGAGAGUUCUACAUGGUUAGAGCGUGUGUGCGUGCCUGUGUGUGCGAAGUUUACGCACGCCAAGGCUACGACCCUCGCCAUUUUCCGACCCCACGGCGCCAGCGUGCUGCAGAGGUCGAGUCCAGGCCCAAAGAAGCGGCCCGAUGAGGCGAGGGAUGAUAUUGGCACAGAGGAGGUGCAAGUGUUGAAGGACCGAAGGCGGCAGCAGCAGCAGCAGCAGCAGCAGCAGCAGCAACAAAACAACUGCUACCUGUCACUGUAGCCGUGGCCGUAGCCGAAAUAGUAAGCUGCAAAAGCACCACAAAGCACCACCACACGGGCCCGGCUCACGAAAUGCCGGGAGGCGACCG